AUGAACAGGAUCGAGGAGCUAGAGAGGCGGCUUCGUGAAGCGGAAGGACGUGCCGAGAGAGAGCAGCAACGCGCCGAGAAGGAGCAACAGCGCGCCGAGGAAGCCGAACGGGAGCGCCACAGGGAGCAGGAUCGUGCCGAGAAGGAGCAGCGACGCGCCGAAGAAGCAGAACGGGAGCGUCAAAAAGAGCGAUAUCGUGCUGAGAAGGAGCAACGACGUGCCGAAGAAGCCGAGGUACAGACGCGACCGACCACAUUCGACGAGUACAUCGCUGCUUGUCAUCAUCAUGUCUUUUGCCAGUUCACAGUGGAAAAAGACCCCAGGCUUACGUCAAAGGGUUCGGUCACGAGCCCUCGAGACAAGCUAUUGCCGACUAGCCUAGAGCCGUGGCCUGACUUCUUGGAACUGCAAAGGGGCGUUUUCGAUACUCUCUAUGGGUACAUGCCCCUUAACCACCGAGUCUUCGAGAGCCAAAACUUUCUGGCCGGUCUUGGAAGGCGGGUGGCGCAGCGGUCGAUAGCCGAUGAGAAGACGCUCGAGUACUUCAUGCAUAACAGUGUCGAAGACCCUGUCAGAGUCAUCAUGGAUCAACUCAGACAAAUUGACGACGUACGCGACGCAUUCGACAUGGGAAACGGCAUCGUCUUCGAGAACCACCCCCAUGCCAUCAGCGACAUUGCAGACGAGGUCAUUUCCAGGGAAAAUGCGUCAACGCCGCCGCAGACACCGGACCAUCGGCGAAACCUUCAUCAGCUGCGGCCCGACCAAAUUUGCAUAUAUCGAUCGGGCAAUGGAUCAUCGGCCGACCAGCGGACGAUGAUUUUUGUAUCCGAGUAUAAAGCGCCCCACAAGCUCACGGCUCCGCACCUUCGCGCCGGACUACGGCCGAUGAAUAUCUACAAGGAUGUCGUCAAUCGGAAGACAAUCCCGACGUCUGCAGAUGCGGACGGCCGUUUUGAGUAUCACGCCGAGAGACUGACGGCUUCAGCCCUCACCCAGACAUAUCAUUACAUGAUCGAAGGCGGACUCGAAUACGGGCUGCUGACAACCGGUGAGGCAACUGUCUUCCUGAAGGUCGACUGGGCAAAUCCUGGGACGCUGUAUUACCACCUUGCCGAGCCCGGGCCGGAGGUGCUGGCUCACCCAGAGCAUGAGCAAUCUAGCUCCGCGGUGGGACAGUAUCUCGCAUUUAGCUUGAUGGCAUUAGGUAGGCCAGGCCAGCGUGUCCAACACGGCCAGGAUGAGCGCGAUCGAGCGAUGGGGGCCCUGUGCAGGUGGGCAGAGGAUUUCGAAACGACACUGCGGUCGAUUCCCGAGAACGAACGAGUGGCAUCGGACAGCGCGUCCAGCUGGGCACCUACGACAUAUGAGGACUUUGACCGGUCGCCGGUUACAGACCGAGGAAGGAGACGCCGUCGAGGCAGAAGGGGUGGUGAACACAAGAAGAUUGCGACAAGACGGGACCAGUCAGAGUCAUCGGACGAUGGGUCUGGACAUCACCCUCCGGAUACACCGAGCCCGUCCGAGCGACGCGAACGACAAAGACGAAGCGAUGCAAAUGUACCCCGACGAAGCGAACGGAUCCUAGCACACCGGACGGGCCGGGGAACCAACGAGGAAGUGGAACGGCAGUACUGCACCCAAGCGUGCCUCCUUGGGCUGGUUCGGGGAGGUGCCCUCGAUCCUCGCUGCCCCAAUGCGGAAUACCAUGGAGGACGCCGAGCAUGUGCGGGCACACCACAUCCGAUCAGCCAUGAUACAUGGCUGAGGCUACUGAGUGACCAGCUGCAACAUACGCUGGACGACGGGAUUACAAAGCUAGGGAAGCACGGUGCUCGGGGAGUGCUUUUCAAGGUGACUCUGUUAUUGUACGGCUACACGUUUGUGUGCAAGGGCACAGUGCAAGCCUUCAUCCGAGAUCUCGAACAUGAAGCAUCCGUCUACAAGCGUCUAGAGCGGGUUCAGGGCAUCAACGUGCCCGUUUUUCUCGGGUCCGUUGACCUUCGACCGCUCAAGCGGACCUACUACUACGACCAUCGGGUGUACAUCGUGCACAUGACGUGUCUUUCAAUGGGGGGGGACACAGUUGACGAGGCCGUCGGCGCCUCAGGCAGCCCGAAAACAACUCUUGAGGCUAAUGCGCUAGCAUCCCUGCGGGCCAUUCAUAGGGAAGGCGUGGUGCAUAGAGACGUACGAAGCGCCAACAUGCUGGUCAACAGAGAGACGAACAGCGUGAUGAUGAUCGAUUUUGAGCGUGCUAAAUUGGUUGAACAGCCAAGGCGCCCGCUUGCGCCUGUUGUGCCUAACAAGAGACGGCUGGACUGGGGCAAUACUACUGGUUCAGAGAAGGACAAAGCACGCAAGCGGCAAGGCACGAGGAUUCGCGGCUUCGCGGAGGAUACUCUAAUGGCGAGAACAGUAUUCCUAGAGAUGGGGGUUUGCUAG